CUUGACGACAUUGCGUUUGUUUUAUAAAACUUAUAAUUUAAUAAAUGUAAUAACGUUUUUGUUAUACUAGAAUUUACUUAUACUAUAAUAAUUAUAGUUGUAGAUUUAGCUAUUAUUGGUAAACUACAAGCGGGAUGAGUUCGAAGGGAAAAGAUUACAUUUUCGAACCUUUUAAAGUUACAGAGGUUAAAUAUCGGGGAUUUGCAAGCCCCCGGCCUAGAAGUGGACAUAGGAUAGCAUGUGACGACGUAAAUGUUUACUGCUUUGGAGGCUAUAAUCCAUAUUUACCUUUAAACACCAUACAAAGAAACAAUCCUACUUGGACACCUGCUAUGCCAUUAUUCAAGGAGCUCUGGAGUUUUUCUAUAACUACUAAGAAAUGGAAGCAGCAUAAAGUAACUGAGAAUAUGCCAGAAGAGUUGGCUUCAAAUGCCAUGUGUAUGAAUGGAAGGUUUUUAAUGAUUUUUGGAGGAACUGGUGCACCAUUUGGAACUAAAUGCAGUAACGAUGUUAUAACUUGGCGCACCUGUGAUGGUGAUGCUAAGCUUCAGAUUUUGGAUGUCACAGGACCAAAGCCUCCAGGCCAGUACGGGCAGUCAAUAUUAUGCCACGAUGGUCACUUUUACACAGUUGGUGGUACUAAUGGAUUUGCAUAUAACUGUGAUAUUUAUAGGUUAGAUCUCCGAACAAUGAUUUGGGAGCCAGUGUUCAUUGGUACGGGAGAAGAAGGUGAACCUUUGGGAAGGUAUCGACAUGAAGUAGUUAGGGUAGGAAACAAAUUGUACAUUAUUGGAGGAGGCACAGGAGAAUUAGCCUUUGAAUUGAUGGAUAUUCCUAUGUAUGAUCUUGAAACAAAUACAUGGACUAAAUUAGUACCUAAAGCCGAUGACUCAAUGAAGGAUACUGUUGUCCCUCUAGGUAGAAAAUGUCACAGUGCAGUGCAAAUAGAUACUUUAAGUGGUGUUCAAGUGUUUGUAGCUGGUGGAACUGAUGGGCAAGCUGUUUUUGAUGACAUAUGGAGGUUAAAUGUGUCAGAUAUGCAAUGGCAUUUAAUGCAAAAAACUGUUCUUCCCCAUCAAUUGUAUUUCCAUUCAUCUACUGUGACAUCCUAUGGUUGCAUGUAUGUGUUUGGAGGUAUUGAACCGAAAGACAAUGAAACAAGAAGAAACAAUAUUCUGUAUAAAGUAUGGUUAUGUAUACCAAAGUUAAGUGAGAUAUGUUGGGAAGCUUUGCUCAGUUUUCAUCCAAGUAUUGACCAUGUUGAUAGGUCAUCUCUGUUAGAUGUGGGUGUUCCAUUGCAUUUUGUAGAUAGAGUACAUCCUCAAUUAAAAUAAGUUACUGGAAAAUCUAUAAUUUAUUUUAAAAAAUAUUGCAUAAUAAUGUACAGUUUUUAUUUGCGACAUUAGUGAAGGUUAAUAUAUAACUAUUACAUACAUUAUAUACAUUUUGUUUUAGAUCUCAUGAUGAUAUUGACAUAAAUAAAAGUACAAGUUUUAUAUAUGUAUUAUAAUUAUGAUAACAUCCAGCAAAUGUCUAUAAUUACAGCUUAUAUUUUUUCUCAGAUUAUACAAACUAAAGUCCGGCCUCUAAAGCAAAUACAAAUUCGAACUUCUACGAAAUUUAAUAUUUCGUGAUCAAUACGAGAAAAUUUGUUUUCAGCCCUCUUGUCUGUUAAACUGUUCUAACAACUGUUUUUUGUCUUUUUUUCAAAGGAAAAUAUUUUUCCUAUGCUAAUAUGUUUUUAUUUUUUACAUGUUAAUUUUAUUAUAUUUUUAUUGUCAUGAUGCAUGUUAUUUUUUUUACUAUUACAGAGUAGGUACAUUUUAAUAAUCUUAGCUAAAGGUUACAUUGAAACUUUUUCCUUGUAAUUGGUUUACAGUUAAUCAGAACAAAAAUUAUAGGAAAAUAAAUAAUUAUACAUAUAUUAAAAAAUGGCGAAAGUAGUAAAGUUGGUCAUAACUGGUUUAUAAUUGGUAUUGAGGACUUGUUCCUUAAUAAAAUUUAAAAAUACAUAUAUAGAUACCGUGGUUUUUUUAUGACCACCAAUUAUACAUAUUUUAAAGUAUUUUAUACCUCUACUCUUUUUAUUGCAGAAUUUCGAUAGAUACUGUUUUAC